AUGGCAGCACCGGCACGAGAUGCAUUGCAGUUUCCGGCGUCGGAUAGCCGCCAAAUCGAAGAUUAUCUACACCCUCCUUCCUCACCGCCACAGCUCAUCGACUCCAAGAAGCCCUUCGUCACAUUGACCUUUGCUACUUCCCUCGAUAGCCAGCUAGCCAUUUCACCAGGCGUUCAGACAGCUUUAUCUGGUCCGCAAUCUAAAGCCAUGACUCAUUUCCUGAGAUCCAAGCAUGAUGCCAUUUUAGUUGGAGCCGGGACAGCCAUUGCCGACAAUCCAUCGUUGAAUUGCCGAAUCGAGGGCGUGGGUGGCUAUGGUGGUGAAGAACUUGUCGGACAGCCAAGACCAGUUGUCGUCGACCCGCAUGGACGAUGGCAAUUUAGCGAAGAAAGCAAGGUGAUGAGAUUGGCUAAAGAGGGUAAAGGGAAGGCGCCUUACGUCGUAACGUGCGUGAAGCCGUCUGAAUCCCAACGAGCGGUACUCGAAAGCGUAGGUGGCGAGUUCUUGAUGUUGGGUCUCUCACCCGAGGAUGUUGCUACGGCUGGUUCAUCUUGGCACAUCAUUCUUGACGCUUUGUCACACCGGGGUGUUGCAAGUGUAAUGAUUGAGGGUGGCGGCUUCGUCAUCAACAAUAUAUUGGGGCCUGGUCCAGCCUAUUCUCUGAUCGACUCCAUCAUCGUUACGAUUGCCCCCACAUGGCUCGGAAAAGGUGGUGUACAGGUAUGUCCAGAUGGGGGAUCCGAACGAUUGCCUAUGACAAGACUGAGAGACACGAGAUGGAUACCGCUCGGAGAAGACGUGGUGCUAUGUGGGCGACCGAACAAAACACUUCGAUAG